AGUUCCAAGCCAUUUCAAGUGAGAAAAAAAACAUCAGAAUUGUUUCAAGAAAAGGAAAAAGAAAUCACUCAAACAGAUUUCAAUUUAACACUUGACCGUUGGUCCGCUCUUCUUCCGUAUCGUCCAAACGUAUUUCCAUUGUUCAGUGGUCUAAAAUUCUCUGCGACCGGAAGCUAAGCACACUUCAAUGGCUGCGAGCAAUCUUGUUUUCACCGCGGAUGAAACGGCUGUGGACGAUGGCCUCGGCUACCCCAAAGCCUUCGCUAAGCUGUGUAAAGAAAGGAGCUUUAGCCCUUACAUCCAUGCCCCUCCUUUCACUUUUGUUCCUUAUGCCCUUCCUCACCAAGAGGUUUUGAGAGUAAAGGAAUUCGAUGAGAUGUUUCCCGUUAUUGAUCCGAACGCGAAACCCACUGCGAAAGCCAAGAUUUUUGUCAAUCUCUUAUGGAAGCAACUCAACCACCUUGGUAAUGCAGGCUUUGAUCCUGAAAUAUUCCGUGUAGAUCCAUAUGGAAAUGUGUUGUAUUAUCAUGCUGAUUCAGCCUCUCCUCUAGCAUGGAAUAUUGAUCAUUGGUUUCCUUGCUCCAGAGGGGGUUUAACUGUUCUGAGUAAUCUAAGAAUUUUACAGUGGCAAGUGUGCAAGAAAAAGCAAAACCAGUUAGAAUUCCUCAUACCUUGGUGGGAUCUUCAAGUUGGUUUGUCCAUAAACCAGUUUUUAUCCAUCUUUGCUUCAACAAAUUCAGAUUUCAGGCAUAGGGCAUUUUCUUGGCUGUUUUCGGAAGCCGAAAAUCAAGAAUUGAAUGACAGUCAAACAGUAGAUUCCCAUGUCUUCCCUCAGCAUUUCAAUGAAUCAAAAAGAAAGAUUGGCCUUUCUCCAGCAGCUGUUGUUCUCAAUAGAAGGGAAUCUUAUGGUUCAGUUCUCAAUUCUUUGGACAUAAACAGAAGGCCAAGAUCAAGCACCCCUUUAAUUACUUCCAAGAAACUCAAAGAGAAUGGGGAGCCUGACAACACGGCAAGCAGCAACCCGUACCAGGCAAUUGUGAUCGCCAGAGAUUCUUUGAAGCACCGCGAAGAAGCUGUGAAAAUGAAGGCAGAAAUAAAGAGGUUGGAUGAAGAAGUGAGUGAGUUGAAACAAAAGGGUGAGGAGGAGAAAGUGAGCAUCCAAGAUUUGGAGCUGAUCCUCAUUAAGAAAAGGCGGCGUGCUGAGAAAUGCCGCAAGCUCGCUGAGGCUCAGUCCUCCCACAGAUCAAUGCUGGAGAAGAUGAUUCGAGAUGCCAUGCAUCAGAGUGUUGUGUAUAAAGAACAAGUGAGAUUGAAUCUAGCAGCAAGUAAUGCACUCAUGGCAAGGCUUGAAGCUCAGAGAGCAAUCUGUGAUUCUGCAGAGAAAGAACUGUACCUAAAAUUCAAGCAGAGGGAUGAGUUAGAACAGCAAAUAAGACCAGAAAAUGAGCAGAAAAGAAAGAGAUCAAGAAUGGAUCUCCUGCUCUCAGAGGAUCAUGCUCCUCAACAAGUUGAUUACGCUGCUGCUGGAAAGCUGGUUCUACAUUCUCCAGAUAGGAUUGAAUCGAACCAUCAAAGCCAUUAUAAGCAAUUAAGAUUCUUGGAGGAAGAUCACAAACCAUCAGCAGCCAUUCAAGAAGAAGAGAAAGAAGCUGUUAAGGACAAUGUUCCAGCAAAGCUCGAAGAGGAGGAGAUGGGAGUCAGUCUAAAGUUUCCAGUUUGUCGCGGGUCGGGAACAGAAGAAGACGAAGAUAGUCAAAAGCAGCGCGGGAAAGGAAAUGUUGAAAAAUGGCUUCAAAUUCUCUUGGAAAACACAGAUGAAUCCUCCACUUCUCCUGCUCCUGGUGAGGAUAAAAAAGGAAUAAUUGAGAUGAUCAACUCCAAAUACCCUCACAAAGAAAUCAACAUUCCAAGUGUUCUAGAAUCAGCAGAUGCAGAAGCUGUCAUUGAAGACGAAACCAAUGCAGAGGAAGAAAACAAGAACAACACUCCCUUGUUGAAUCCUCAUCCUCCUCCACCAUACACAAAGAUCUUCCACCCAAGAAAAAGCAAUGCAAGUGUGGAAGAUGGCAAAGAAGUUAAAGAUUGUUCGGAUGGGUUUGAUGGAAAGGAGGCCGGCAUAACAAAGGAGAAGGAUAAUAUGGAAAGGAAACUGAGCAGGUCGGAAAGUGCCAGGGGGUUUAGGCGCAUUCCGUCCUCCCCAUCUCUGAUCUUUAGUGGCAUGAAGAAGAGAGUCGAUUGCAUGAGAAAGAAGAAGCCAUUGUUGAGGGGUGGAGGUGAUGAAGAUGAGGGGGUUGGCCUAGUCAACAAGAACAGCUUUAUUAAAUCAUCCUUCAAAACCAUUGUGAAAGCAAUGAAGGCAUAAUAAGAGCAUUUCCCUCUCUCACACCCAUCCACCAUACCCACACCACACCCAAAAAUCUGAAGUACUCAUCUGUUUCACACAAUGUGUAAUUCAAAUUUUUGGGCGUAGUGUGAGUUUGGAUGAGUGAGUUUUGUACAAAUGGCAUUCCCCUAUUAAGAUUCAUUCUUUUGUAUUGAUUUUUGUGUAAGUUUGGAGUAAAGUAGUAACAUUGUU